AUGAGCAUCAGGGGAGGAGUUAAACGGGAUGUUAAAUGCCAAGAAAAAGACAAAAAAAGAGCUAUCGUAGUGGGAUCAACGCUCUCCCAAUACCAACAAAUCUGCAAGUUUUGCUCUGAUGAGUUGGAAAUUCCAUCCGAAUGGAAUGAGCUUCAAGACCUGCUCAGAGGUGUUUGUAGUUGGUUGACCACUCCAAAUGCUUCAUUUGAAUGUGCAGGAAUUAUAAAUGCAGCUGGUAUGAACUCCUCUUAUAUUGAAGUGCAUCCCUAUUUGGUUAACUUGAAAACAUUUUAUUGUAAACGUUACGAGAAAGAGUACUGUAGAUUCAAGUGA